AUGCCUUUUCCACAGUUAGAUCCCAAUUUGACGAAACCCAUAGACAGGGAUGCACCACCAACAAUUUAUGGGUCAGUAUUGAAGCCUGAGCUUGCCACAGCAGCUCUCAAUUUACCUAUUGAUUUCCUCAAACAGAAAGAAUCGUUGGCAAACCAGUAUUUGGCGGCGCAGAAGCUCACUUUGGGGAGUAUUUUAUUUGCGGUGGUUGUGUACAUGUGUAGCAGCUGCACCCUUCCUAGGGAGAGAACAGGAUCAGUCGUUGAGUAUGUUUAUCUGUUUGCGGGGAUAAACAGGAAGGAAAUGGUGACUGCACUAAUAGUUUCAGCUAUAAGUGCAUCCCUACUGCUUACCUCUUUGGCAAAACUUACGAACGCAGUGUUUAAGGCCAAAUCGAAAGUGAUUUUAGAUUCUCACGGUAUCAGUGUUUUUAAUGUUGAUUUAACGAAGCUUGGCGCCGGAGAUCCUAGUGUUACCAAGGAUAAAAAUCUGGAGAACACACAUAUUGUAGUUUAUCGUGAAACGCCAAUUGCGUUGGUGACUGUGCAGGAGAAUAAGAGCCUGUCGACCAAAGAUGCUUUGGUGGUAAGUAUUUCCUCUAUGGGUAGUCGUCUUGUCUACUUGAAGAGUGGGAUACUAGAGGACUUGAUUGACUGGGCUCUGGUACGGACGAAGAAGAUACAGCAUCAAUCAGAUAAGUACAAGAAAGGCACGUCAAUGAAGCUUAUUAUUGAAGUUUAUUCCUUUGAUACGCAUAUGAAAGAAACCCUGAAGAAGAAGGGAUUCAGUGUAAUUGAGAGUUACAAAUUACCAGAAAGCAGAAUUCUUGGAGGUCUGUUUUCAAUAAAGAGAGAAUUAUGGGGUAUACAGUUUCAUUUCGAAUCUAAAAAGGAAAAAUGA